GUAUGCAUCCUAUGGUUUAUACUUUAUAGGAUGAUUAGUUCACAGCGAAAGAUAUUUCAGAUAAAGUCAAGUCGAUCUCAAAAGUAGAAAGAAACAGAUUAUCUGUGAUACUCAAUAAUCGAAAAUCUGAGAAAUAAAUGCAAUAAACUAUUGAAACCUUCGUAUCUUCAAAUUAGAACAUGUCUAAUUGAAGCAGUUCAUAAGGAAGUCACACAGGAAGAAAAUAAAGACAAUAUAAAAACUCCUUAUGGAGAAACCUUAGAUAUUUUGGAUAUGAAAAGAUUAAAUAGAUCACUAAAAUCAGAGAACAAUGGAGACAAAUAUAUCGCUACUAAUUCGAUUUUGUUUAUAUUAAGGGGUCAGAUUGCAUUAGGUAUGGCCACAUAGUAACUCAAUGUACAAGUACGCUGUGAAAAUUGUGUGGAAGGAGACGAAUCUUCUAAGUGCAGCAGCUCGAUCAUAAAAUGUGUACCUUCCAAUGAUAUUCUCAAGAUUCAAGUAAAUCAAUCGAUGAAAUUUAAUGAAAGUUGAAAAGUCAAUUAUCUUCUUGGUUUCUUAUAAAUGACUAUUGGACCUAAGAAUAUGUAUAAUAUAAAAAUAACUUUUGAUUAUUAUAGCAAGAAGCAAAGAGGAAAUACCAAGUUCUAAUUAGACGCAUAGACUGUUAAGUUCAAUAUGUUCUUUACUGUUAUUGUUUCAUAAAUUUGAUUGAGCUUUUAUUGAUAGCUUACAAAUGAAGAAAUUCGCUUCAAUUGACAUUAAAUAGUCGUUGGAGAGAACAUAUGUUAACAGUAUCGGUAAAUAACGAAGGAGAAGGAGGCGUUAUAAAUUAAGAGGCUAUUGACAAAAUCGGUUUAUUAGUCCACACACAUGAGAAAACUAUGCGCUUUGUUAAUCGCUCUGGUAUUACCAGAGGGAUUGUUAACGGAAAACAUCAGCUGUAAUGAAGAGGAUGUGCACAGUAGAAUCGUCGGUGGAGCUGAGACAGAUGCAGAUCUGUUUCCUUUCUACACAGCCCUUGUAAUGGCUUAUCAACUCAAAUCAAAUUCAGGAAAAUUACACGUUGUUUGUGGGGCUUCUUUAGUCACAUCGAAUAAACUUUUAACUGCAGCUCAUUGCUACGAAGAUGGGAAGAAGAAACGUCACAAUUGGAUGAGUCAGUUAUCCGCAGUAUUCCAAAUGACAGAAAGAUGCACCCGUGAUUUUAAAAGUUCUUCUCCGAUAAUACAUGUCCAGGUGCAUCCUCAGUACAAUAAUGUAACUUUUAAUAACGACAUUGCCGUCGCUACUCUCCAGGAUCACGUCAUCUUCAAACCCAUCUGCCUUGCACUCCCAAAUGACAAUGGGCCUUCACAACUGGCCCUCAUUCUCGGUUUUGGCAAGACCGAAGAAAAAGGCCAAAAUUCUUCUCCAUGCAAACUCAACGUAGCAGCCAUCAAGAUUUACUCUAGAAAGGAGUGCAUGAAAACAAAUAUUGCAAGAAGCGUCGAACGAGUUUCACGCGUAUUAUGUGGUGGAGUUGAGUCUGGGGCACAAGACGGUUGCCACGGCGACAGUGGUGGUCCUUUGAUAAGGAUGUUAAAUAAUCGCUAUGUCCUGCAAGGAAUCUCAUCUACGGGGAUAGGUUGUGGCCUGGAAAACACUCCUGGCGUGUACACCGAUGUUUCCGCUCACAGGAAAUGGAUUGAUCAAAACCUCCAACGAGUUAUAAGGCCACCACGCCCCGCCAAAUCGCCAAAGACUUCGACUAGUAGACAGCCGCAUAGUAACAUUGAUAAGCACGGUAGCAGUGCUGGAACACACUUGCCCAACAGUCGUAAAAAGGGGAUAUCUUUGAGCGAUACACAAACGCUUCUGGGGAUUAGUGGACUGCGGGGGAACGGGAGCAGUGGACAUCAGUAUAGUAGUAGUGGUGGACCAGGGCUGCCCUGGAUGCAUUCUCAGCGUGGUAGCAGAGGUGGAAUGUGAAUGUCCGAAAGUGGUUGCAAAGGGCUGCCCGGGACAGUAUUUCGACGUAUUGUCUGACAGCCUCUCUAAGCAGGUGGAGUUAAGAUGGAGGAACUUACUUUGUACAAUAAUUCUUUUAUUGUUUUACAUUUUAAGUGUAAAAUUAAAAACAUUAAUAUAAUAUAUUAUAUUUUA